CGGAAGUGAUGAUUUUUUGGUUGGGCGGGAAGUGGGUUUGGGCGGUUGGUGGGUGAACCCUUCUAUAUACGAUGCCACCCGUUACAAACCAAUGUUCAACCCGCGGCGCGAAGAGAACUGCUUUUCCGUCACGCCCGAACGAAAAUACUACAAAGUCGAAUGGCAAACCAACCCGUUCACAGGCACGUUAAUUAUACCUCGUUUCGGAAAACAAAGACUCUAUAAUGAGGCAGCGUCAAUGGCGUUUAUCGCUAGGCAUAUGAGUAUUCCAAUCCCUGAGCUAUAUUGUUGCUUCGAAGAUGAUGAAGCCGUCUAUCUGGUUAUAGAGUAUAUUGAGGGGGUAAGCAUGAAUGCGCUUGCAGAGGAGAAACAGAAGGUUAUCCAAAAGGAACUAGAGGUUUAUUUGGAGAAGAUAAAGCCUUUUGAGACUGAGGAGCUAGUAUUUAAUCAUGACGACUUGCCGACGUAUAACCUGGUCGUUGAUCCCGUGAUACUAAAGUUUGAAGGGAAGUUCUUCAAGAGGGUAAAAGCUUCGGUUCCGUUGCAAAGGGAGGAGAAUGACGAGGAUAGAUUACUUGAUAUCAUGAUUGAGAAUGGGCUGAGAUGA